AUGGCUACCCUCUGUCGAAGGCUAGUAAUUGUCGGAGAUACGGCCUGCGGGAAGACUUCCCUUCUUAGGAUGUUUAUGUAUAAUGAAUUCUCUAAAGAAUACCGGCCAACUAUUUUCGAUCACUAUAAUGUGGAAAUAAAAGCUGACCAUCGGCAACUUCAACUUGUGCUCCUCGACACUUCUGGCCAUAAGGAUUAUGAAAUCAUGCGCCCUCUGACCUAUGAAGGUGCGCAUGCUAUUGUUCUCUGCUUCGCUGUGAAUGAUAGAACGGCGUUAGACCGUAUCAAGGAGAAUGUAUAG